ACCAACAGCGUUUCCAAAUAUGCCAGGCAGAAACGAUGUCGUUUUGUAGUAAGACGAAAAACACGUCCUUCAUGGUCACAAGAAGAACGUGAACAGAAGCAAAAGCAAACAACCAUGGCGAACGCAGAGGGCAGUAGCAGAGGCUCGAGAUGGUCUCUUAAGGGAACCACUGCUCUCGUUACUGGAGGCACACGUGGAAUCGGGCACGCUGUGGUGGAGGAACUGGCGGAGUUUGGUGCCACGGUGUACACGUGUUCGAGGAAUGAAGCAGAGCUGAAUGCAUGCUUGAAGGAGUGGAAAGAGAAGGGGUUUUCGGUUUCUGGAUCGGUUUGUGAUGCAUCUUCUCCACCCCAGAGAGAGAAACUCAUUCAGCAAGUGGCUUCUGCCUUCAACGGCAAGCUCAACAUACUUGUUAACAAUGUUGGAACAAAUGUGAGGAAACCAACAAUUGAGUAUACAUCCGAAGAAUAUUCAAAGUUGAUGACAACUAACUUGGACUCUGGAUACCAUCUGUGUCAACUUGCAUAUUCUCUUCUUAAAGCAUCUGGAAAUGGAAGUAUUGUGUUCAUAUCUUCUGUUGCAAGUCUGUCAAGCGUAGGUUCUGGAGCUAUUUAUGCAGCAAGUAAAGCUGCAAUCAAUCAACUUACGAAAUAUCUUGCUUGUGAAUGGGCAAAAGACAAUAUAAGGAGCAACUGUGUCGCACCAUGGUACACCAAAACACCAUUAGUGGAAUCUUUGCUUGCUAAAAAAGGGUUCAUCGAUGAGGUAAUAUCCCGCACACCAAUAAAGCGGGUGGCAGAAUCACAUGAAGUCUCAUCCUUGGUGGCUUUCCUUUGCUUGCCAGCAGCUGCAUACAUCACUGGACAAAUUGUUUCUGUUGAUGGAGGAUUUACUGCCUUUGGAUUUCAACCCACGAUGAGAAUUUCUUAAAGCAAAAUUGUCAUCUUUUUAGUUUGGAUUUCCUGAGUUUUGGAUCACCCAUGAUCCAUUUUUUUAUUUAUUGGUCAAUAAAUCAUUUUAAUAUUAUUAAUGUCAUUAAUGUGAGAUUAUCUGUGCUCUUUUCACCACCUUAUAUAUAUCCCUCAAUUCUUGUCCAUUA